AUGCAGUGCACUGGUGCAGGAGUAAAAUUGCAGCCUGGAAGCUACCAGGUUCAGCCGGAUUCGGCGCUCGAAGCGCACAUUCUGGUGACCUGCCUGCAGACGCGCACGUCUGCCUUCGAGAUAGACCUUUCAGGCAGCACCCUCAAUGCGCUGGUGGGAGGAAUAUACUUGAACCAGUGCAGGGGUGUGACGCUGCAUGGACCAGCCACCCUCACAUACACCCAGAGCCAGUACCCCUACGCGCAGGGCACCAUCAAGACUGUCAGCACCGACAGUCUCCAGUACAACAUCCAGAUACAUGCAGACUUCUUGCAGACGUGGCAGCGCAUGCUGGUCGUGUUUGCCAAUCGUGAAUCUGGGGGUGGGGUGGUCUAUGAUGGCGUCACGCGCCUCACACUGCCGCUAAACAGACGUGGCACUGAUUUUGUGGUGGACUUCAGCAAAACGAUCCAAUUGAAUGCAAACACCUUUGCUGUCACGCUUGUGCGCUACCCUGGAAUAAUCUAUGUGAAUGACUUGGUCGUGGUCACACAGCCGACAGAUGCUGUGGGGAUUGCAUGCAGCAGCUGCAGUGGCUGCACUGUGAGGGAUUUCAUUCUGCCCACUGCUGCCGGAUUUGCCUUCUAUGACGGCACCCCACCGGGUGGCAACACCUGGCUGAAUCUGGCUUUGGCGCCUUCCAAGGUCCCAGGAAGUGAUGGCCAGCUGCCACUGAUGUCAUCCAUCCAUGAUGGCUUUCAUUGCACCUCCGGCAAAGUUGGGCCCACAAUCAACAACUGCCAGUUCGUCUCCACAGGGGACGAUGGAAUUGCAAUCCAUGGCCGCUUCUCCACUGUGGUGAAAGUGAUUCGAGAGGAGGGUGCUCUCAUAUUGGGCGCUCCAAUUCUCAAUCCUGGCGAGCUCAAUUCUGGGGACACGAUAGUAAUCUACACUCCUGAUGGACGCAGGCUCGGAUCCACCAAUGUUGUGAGCGUGUCUGUUGUAACGGCGCCGGUGCCAUCCUCAACAUAUGACAAUGUCUUUGGUAGCGAUUACAGCCGGUACAGCUACUUGAAGGUGAUUGUGACAAUGUGGCAGCCUGGUUUUGUGGGCAUGCCUGCUGGCAGCUUUGUGUCGCCGACUAGCCGCGUUGGGAACAAUUACGCCAUCACCAACUGCUACAUCUUCAAUGGCCGCGGCCGGGGUCUAAUCGUGCGAGCAAGCCAGUCGUUAAUUCAGGGCAAUACCAUCAUCCACAUGACAGAUACCAGCAUCCAUAUGGCACCGGGACUCGACUUCUCGCGGGAGGCAGGCUUCAACGAAGACAUGUUGGUGAGAGACAAUUACCUGGAGGGCGAGCAGCAGGGGAUCAUCCUGGGAGCAAACUUGCAUGGGAGCACUCCCUUCAUCUAUGCCGACAACUACAAUGUCCGCUACAUCAACAACACGGUUGUUGGCUCUCAGACAAGCCCGCUCACAAUCACCAGCUCCGGCAACGUUGUGGUGCAGAACAACCGCUUCAUCAACAUUCUCUGCAGUGCGACUGUGGACAACACGCGCGACUACCCAUGGCAGAUCCAAAAGGUGGCGUUUCAGCUCGCUAAUGUUUACGGGAUCGUCUUUUCCGGCAACUCCCUCACGUUCAACAGCGGCUGCGCCCGUAGCCAGACCAAUUUGAAUGCGCCGGUGUAUCUGGUGAAUGUCACGCACAUAGUCGGCGCAGUCAACCCAACCAUGAGUGUCGCGGGGACAAUUGUUGUUGGCACAGCAGCUAUUCAGCAGCGGCCAGCAGUGGCUGGCAUCCAGCCGGCUCCAAAGGACUAG